AUGAAUAAUGAUUCUAAGAGAACAGAGUUUAACUAUUCCCCUUAUUUUGAAUAAGUUUCUCUUAAUAAAUUAAAAAGAAAUGAAUAUCAUAGUCUUCAAAGAAUUCAAGAUAAUUCUGUUAGAAAAAAUAAAUUAUUGUUACCUUCAAUUGAAAAUAGUACUUUAGAAGAUAUUUCUAUGCAUUUUACUAAAUGUGCAACAUCUAGCAAAUCUCCAGAAAAAAAAAUUGAUAAACUUUAAGUUAACAAAUACUAAUUGGAAUUUAUAUAGUAAAGUUUUUUAGAACUAGAAUAAACUAAAAUGUGUUUAACAAUGAGAGAUAUGAGUAAUAUGAGAAAUAAAUUUAAUUGUCAUUAAAGAAUAAUAGCAAAUAAAGAACAAUAUACUGUUAGAAAUUUAGAAAGAUAAAUGGGUAGUAAUUUAGAAGAUUAUUCGAAUUUAAUGUACCUUUAAUAAAUGCCGACUUAGACAAAAAAUAAACCAGAAACAAAUAUAGUAUUUUUUGAGGAAUCUUUGAAUGCUUAUUCAUAUGCAAUUCCAAGUAGAAGAGAAUCAGCAUAAAUAACUGUAAUUAGAGAUAAAGUUUAUGUUUUUGGAGGGAUGAGUGGAGCAGGUUUAAGUAGUGAUUUAUGGUCUUAUGAUAUAAGUAAAUAAAUAAUGAUAUGAAUUUAGAGAAAUAAGAAUGGUAGUUACACUAAUCAGAUAUAAAUUUAAAAGUUACUAAUCAUUCUAUGAUAGCUUGGAAACAUAUGUUAAUAAUAUUUGGAGGAAGUGGUUAUUAUGAUCAUAAGAUGAAAAUAAGAUCAGUUUAUUCAACACUUGCAUUUUUUAAUACUUAAACAAAUUAAUGGUCAUUAACAUUAGAGUCUAUUGAACCUAGAAGAGAACAUAAAGCAGCAUUGUAUUUAGGAAAGUAUAUGAUAAUAACAGGUGGUUUAGAUUCUGGAGAAUAAUUAUUAAAUGAUACUCUAAUGUAUUCUUUAGAUUCGAGAAGAUGGUUAGGAUCUAAAAUAUAUUUUGAUGAAGGGAUUGCUUAACAUGCAAUUUGUGAAGCUUUUGAUUUUAAAAGAAAUGUAGAUACAAUUUAUUUGUUUGGUGGAAAAACUAAAUCUUUGGGUUCAUUUCCAUUAAUGAGAUUAGUGUUUUCUGGUUAAGCACCUUAGAGUUGGGAAAGAGUUUAAGGUGUUGGAGUAGCUCCAUAAGGAAGAUAUAAUCAUACUAUGGAAUGUUUAAAUGAUAAUUUAAUUUUGAUUGGUGGAAGAUCAUAAACUAUUUAAGAAUAUUAAAAUGAAAUUGUUUUAUUCAAUCUAAUUUUAAGUUAAUGGAUUUAAGUGAAGAGAUAAGGAUUAAUGACAAAAAGAUGGAGUCAUUGUAGUUGUAUAUAUGCUUCUAAUAUCUUUUGUUUUGGAGGUAUUGGUGAAGUUACUUAUUUACCACCUGUCGUUUUCUCCAUUGAAACAGAUUAAUUCAAAAUUAAAAAUAAAAUGGUUAUCAUCAAAAGAUUAUCAACUAUUGCUGAAGAUAUGAAAAAAUAAAAUGAUGAUUUUAAAUAAAUUAAAAGAACAUGUAGAUUAGAAAAAUUUAGAAAAGCUUAAAAAUUAUAUGAAAAAGUAACAACUUUUUUGCCAUUACCAAAAAUGAAAACUCCAAAAAUGAGAUAUGAUAUUUGGAUGCAGUUUGUAAGAAAAAUCUUGCAUUCUUUGAAUUUAAUUUUUUGA